AUGAAGAUAGAAGAAGAGCGUAACUCCCUAUUACUAGAUUUUGAGGUUUUAAAACAUCUCGAUAGUAUUAAGCAAAGUCGAGUCCAAGCCGAUUUGAAGCAAAAUGUUAAAUCCGGUCCAAAAUCCGAAAACUUAGAAACUAUUUUGAUAGAGUUGCAUGCAUACUUGAGAGACAGGCCAGCAGGAAAUGGUGCUCACCCACAAAGUACAGAUUCAAUAAAUACCUUUGUUAAUGAAAUUAAAAGGUUUGAACUGGAAAAAGCAGAAGUCCUUCAGCUAAUCAACAUUACACCUCAGUCUUUGCCUGUACUUUACAAUGUUAUUGAGGAAUGUGAUCAACGAUUUUCAAAUGAAGAAAUGGAAGAACUUUUACGCCUUGUAGAGGGCUUGGGAUUUGAGCCGCAACCGCAGCAAGAAAAUACAAAUGACGAAGAUCAAUAA